GUCAUAAUUCAUGGCCGCUAUUUUUUCUUUUUCAAGCAUCGAUGCUAAGUAAUGUGUAGUUGUCAUUGUAGGUAUUCGUUGUUGAUGCUGCUAUAGGAUCUGACACUGGUAUACGAGGAUGACAGGGGGGUUUAAAGGGCUGCUGCUGCUCUCUCUGUGUCUGGUGGUGUGGACAGUCCCAAUAGAUCGCAACGUAGACACCAUUCAUGAGGAAAAAGCAGAAGAGAAUGUGGACACUGGUCUGUACUAUGAUCGCUACCUGAGGGAGGUGAUUGAGGUGUUAGAAACAGACCCUCACUUUAGAGAAAAACUCCAGACAGCCAACACUGAGGAUAUCAAGAAUGGGCGCCUCAGUAAGGAGCUGGAUCUGGUGGGGCAUCAUGUGAGGACACGACUGGAUGAGCUAAAGAGACAGGAGGUGUCACGCCUCAGGAUGCUGCUUAAGGCUAAAUUGGACAGCACCAAUGCACUGAGUGUUCAGAUGGAUCAUGCCUCUUUGUUGAAGCAGUUUGAACAUCUGGAUGCUCACAAUCAGAACACUUUUGAGGCCAAAGACCUAGAGCUUCUUAUUGCCACGGCCACUAAAGACCUGGAGAAUUACGAUGCAGAACGUCAUGAAGAGUUUAAGCGGUAUGAGAUGCUGAAGGAACACGAGCGGAGAGAGUACCUGAAAAGUUUGGACCAGGAGAAGAGAGAAAAGGAGGAGAGGAGAAUUGAGGAGCUUAAAGAAAAACACCGGCAACAUCCUAAAAUUAAUGCUCCGGGUAGUGUGAAUCAGUUACGUGAGGUUUGGGAGGAAACCGAUGGGUUGGAUCCACAGGAGUUUAAUCCCAAAACUUUCUUUAAGCUGCACGACACAAAUGGCGAUGGUCUGUUGGAUGAACAAGAGCUUGAGUCCCUCUUCACUAAAGAGCUGGAAAAGGUGUAUGAUCCAAAGAAUGAAGAGGAUGACAUGAUGGAAAUGGAGGAAGAGAGGCUGAGAAUGCGAGAACAUGUUAUGCAAAACGUGGAUAUCAAUCGUGAUAGGUUGGUCAGCCUGGAAGAGUUUCUCAAAUCAACGGAGAAGAAAGAGUUUAACAACCCAAAGGAAUGGGAGACACUAGAUGACACAAAGCCAGUGUACACAGAAGAGGAGCUGCAGCGCUUUGAGGCAGAACUUCGGGAUAAGGAGGUGGAUCUUGGGAGAAGGGCAGAGACGCUAAGACAGGAACAGGAACUUCUUAAAGAGAGAAGCAAAGCUCUGGAGGCUCAGAAAAGAGAAUAUCAGCAGGCAGUAAUGGAGAUGUCACAAAAACAAAUGGAGCAACAGGCAGUUAACAGACAACCUCCCUCUGGGCCUAAUGGCGAACUUCUGUUUCAACAAGAGAUCCAGAAACCAACAAAUGAAGACAGUCCAGUGGUUAAAGUCCCUGUUGAUCAGAAUGGAGAUGUUCAGAAUAAGCUGCCAGCUGAGCCACCACAGAAUCUGCUUCAGCACACUUCCUAACACACACUUCUACCUGCUUUUAACAUGAAAGUACUUUGAGCCUUUAUAGCAUACUCUCCUCAGUAUGCACUCCUCAAACCCACACUCUCAUGUUGUCUUCUGCCUCAACCAAAUCUGCUGCAAUCCCUAAAACUGUGGUAAACUUAAAGACCGUUAUAGUCUCUCAUGGGAAAAUGUAUGCUUACUGUAUUAGUUGAUGUGAGAAGAGAAAGAAUUCUUGGUAAAUGUCACCUUUGCCCUGGUUUCUUUGUUAAGGUUUACCAUCUUGAUUUGCUUUUUAAUGUGCAACAGUGAUACUCGGAAAAAGCUUCAGCUUGUUUCUUGAAAACAAUUUAAUGAUAUAGUGUGGAUCACAAGUUUUUCUUAUAUGAGGUUUAUUGAUAGAGUAGCACAAAUCCAUAAACCAAACAUAUGGAGCUUAUUCAUAGUGGCACCAUAUAACAUUUCGACAGGAAUACAAGGCUACGAGGAAUAGACUUACAGUGUCUUCUAUGCGUUGUACUGUUAUUUAAAUUGGUGUUGAUCAUACAGCUGACAAAACACUGAAAAAACCUCUUUCCAAAAACAUUUCUUUAGACAAAAACUAAGAAAAUUCGAGUUGGGAAAAUUAGAUUUGAUCUAGGACAUUUAAACAGCUUUAUUCAGAAGAGAUUGUAAGUCUAUCCUUCACAGCCUUGUUUUCAUUACUGUCAAGAAACUAAAUAUGGUGCUACUCUGAAGGGCUAUUAUUGAGAUACGUGCAAUGAAUCUACUCUAUUUUCUUGAUGUAAUACAAAAUCCCAAUAAUUUUAUAACAGUAUUGUAUUUCUUUCAUUUAAUAAAUUAUAUUUAAAAAAAACUUGCCAUUCGUUGUGCAUAUUACAUUGUCAUGGCACAAUUUUAAUAUUGCUAACUACAUCAGUUUCAGGUGUUAAAAAAUAAUGUGGGUUGCUUGAUGUAAUAAAUACAUUGAAGAAAAUCUAUGUGUGUGGCAGCAUGAGACUAUAAACUUUAAAACUGUGAUCUUCAACAAAUACUAUCAAAUGUCACAGGAUAACUCAGUCCAUAUGUCUCUUAACUUAAAUGUACUUUAUUGGCGCCAAAUGUCACUGUCAGCUAUUCUGCAUUUCUCUUUCAAUAAGUCAAUAAGUUUUUCUGCAUCUCUGAAAACUCCCAAUUUCUUCUUGUCUGUAAUCUCUUUUGUUGUGACAGUGGCAUUGUUCUGUGGUAUUUACUGAUUUGCAUUGAGUGUGGUUUGCUCACACUCCUUGCCACAUGGCACAUACUUGCUGUAAAUUCCAUUCCAAUUCUAUCUGACACUACCUAACCCCAGUGACCUGGUUGCUCCGCCUCUUGUGCUGCAGCUGUCACCUUUCAAUCACUGAUGAUGCUGCCAUAGAAAUGUAAAUAAUGUCCUUGCACUCAAACACAAGCAUGGAGCUCCAAAACGAAUGUUGUCAACAUAUUAAACCGUUCUCACAGAGAUUGUUUACCUUAUAGACAAGGUGUUUGCUAGUGAUUACAUCUGUCAAGCCGAUUAGUGAGCUUAUAUUUAGCCAUGUUGAGAUUAUCAGCUUCGGCCGAUUAACAGAAGUGGUAAUAGUACACUUUUAAUUUUUUCCAAAUAUUUUGUGCAUUUUGAGUGAAUAUUUGUAUAAUAAAAAUUU